AUGCUACAAGGACUGUCGUGCUCAAAAAGGGCUGAAGAUAUCAAACGGGUGAUUCCACGUUCACUGAAUGUCUUCCGAAUGCCGCCCAAUCCGAAAUAUUUCGUACCGCCAUUCUCGUUCAUAGCAGCUUAUCCAGAAGGGAGUCAAUUCAUGGCUGAUUACCUAGAGGCAGACUUAACUGAAAUAAUGAGCUCAGACAAUUUCGAAGAAUAC